AUGGCUCUGCUAAAAUCUGGCUGGCUUUGGAGGCAGUCAUCCUUGCUCAGGCGCUGGAAGCUGAAUUGGUGUGAUCUUUGGAUAGAUGGCAGUCUGAUGUUCUAUAAGACAGAUUCGAGAAAAGACUAUGAGACCAGAGUGAGCGUGAAGAGCACUUGUGUGAAUGUAAAGUCCGGCCUGGAGUGCAUAGGUGUGUCCCCACCUGACAGCCACCCCAGAGAGAAUCUUUUAGUCUUGUACCUGAAGGACGGCUCCACUGUACUUCUGUGUGCCAACAGUGAGGAUGAGACACUGGCUUGGAAGCUCACAAUUAUGGAAGCUAAACAAAAUCCUGUCUUUACUUAUAAUCCAUACGAUGACACCUACCAAUCUGUUACUGUAGAUGGACACAAUGCUGUCUAUGUUGCGCCAGGCAGCAGCACUGGAGGUGUACAGCAUAUCUGGGUGCACAGGGAGCCCUGCUAUAAUGGGGUUGGUGAGCAGAUAGCUCUGGGUCUGUUGGCUGGCAUGGCGAUGGGCACUGCUCUACGCUCUCUUCUCUGGAUGCCUUUUUGGUACUGCUGA